GAUAGCUGAAUGCUAACGGUUACUCGAAAACGGCAUUUUACGGCAUUUUCCAUAUCACAAUGCAAAGCGCGCGUAUUUCCUACGGUUUGUUUGUUGCUCGUGCUGCUGCAGCAUAUUUCCUCCAUAUGAUUAAAAUGUUAAGCAAAAUAUAAACAUCCGUGAUUUGCAUAUGAAUGAAUGUGUUGUUACAUUCAAAAGUCAACAGGCAAACAAACAAACAAACAAGCCCAUAAAUAUUACUGAGAAGAACGAAAACAAAAACAAACAAACAAAAAGUAACAGCAAAGUUCAAUGUUUACAAUAAAUUCUAUGACGUUAUUCUAAAACUAUUGCAAAUAAUUCAUAUGUCCGGUUUGUGAUAACGGAAACGGAUGUAACUACUCGUAGAAUCCCUACAGCGACACCAUCUAUUCACACUACCAUUUAAUAUUGCCUUUCUCACACACCCCCACACACACACACACACAAACACACACACACACACACACUCACAAGGUGUGCCAUCAAAUGUAAUUGUGUACUUGGUCUAACAACACUCACCUAACACAUACAAGCAAUUUCUUUAGCUACACACCAGAACAACUGGGAACGGAAACAGGACAUUGUGUUGGGCAGCGGAAGCAUCUCAUAACAGCUGUGAAACGGAAAUGCAUACAAAGUGCCACAUUUAACAAUGGAAAUCGAUGUAAAUCUUCAUAAGCCACCAAACGCCAUAGAACUCAAGACCAUCUCGGCCGGCAGUUACAGCAUCGGCAAUGGCCAAAGUAAUAGUAGGUCGUCGACAGGCAGCAACAAUAUCGGCAACAACAACAACAAUCACUCGUUCAACAACAAUCAUCAGCAGGCGGCGUCAGCAGGAUUGCUACGCAGCCCCUCCACACCGCCUCCAACGACGACGAGUAGUGCAGGCCUAACACCAGGCUGUUGUGGCAUUCUCUCACGUCUGCUGUGCUCCAGCAACUCUCGAGGCAAGACGGCCAACUCGAGUGGCGACUACAAUACCCCAACCUACAAUGGCUAUACGGCUCCGCUGUAUGGUGGCGGCAGUGGGGCGACACCGCAACACCAUCAUCCACUGUAUAUGAAUCUGCUGAAGAAGGGCCAGCAGCAUCGUCGUACUCCACAGGAAAUCUACUUCGAGAGUCGUGGCAAAUCCUGCAAGAAGCUAUUGAAAUUCAAUGGUAACUCCAAUAAGAUUUUACUUUACCCCGAAGAAGGAUGGGCAAGGACGGCCUCCUCGUCUUAUUGGACUAUUACACCCUGCUGGUGGCAGCCAAAUCGUUGUCGCAUUGAAGAAUUUGCUGGCACCCAGCGCCAGGUUACCAAAGCGAAAAUGGUGCCACUCGAACAGAAGGGCUCGCUGCUGAUAGUUGGCCAUUUUCGUGGCAAGGACUCAUCCUCGGGCAUGGGUGCGUUGUCAACAGCCUCAACCAUGUCAACAGCAUCGGCCUCCUCGGCAGCAGGAGCGGCGGGGCAAGCGGCUUCAACAACAACUGCGGCGGCGGGCUCAAAGGAUAACGAUGAAUUCAAAUUGUAUUUAAGUUCAAACAUCUCCAUGGAGGACUACAACAUGGGCUAUUGCCUGACAGGUUUCGUCGAACGAAGAUGUCAGCAGACAAACACAUUCCAAAUGACACAUUUCGCCGUUAUUAAACGUCAAUGGCCGUCCCUAACACACACCCAGCAGCCAAGCAGCAAAGCCUGCCGCGUAUUCAGCAGCACCAUCAGCUGUGGUGGCAGUGGUGGCAGCAAACGCCGUGAUACAUCAGCCAAGCCAACGUAAUUAUAGUAUUUAAAUAGGAUUUUUGUAUUUUGCAUAUUUAUUGCUUUUUACACAAUGACAAUGUACAUUUUUAAAUCAAACCAAAAAGGAAAAAAGAGAAAGAAAAAACAAAACAGACAAAAAAAAAUUAAGACAAAAAACAAGUAAACAUCCCCAGCAUAAUUUAAGAAAUGAUGUCUAUUUAUGUGCAACAAAAAAAAAAAGAAACGCUAAAAUCAAACAACCAAGUCCCUACUGUUUAAGAAACUCCCACAUACAAACAAACCAACCUAAAUGUAAGCAUACUUUAAAGGCAUAGAAAUAAAUAACAAAAAUAAUGAAGCAUACUUUAAGGAGCCACAGCAAACUGAUAUACGCAGCCGUAGAUAAAGAACAUCCAGAUGCAUAGUAUAAACUAAACUGAAUAAAAACAAAUGCUUCUACUCAAACAAAAACCAAAGCAGUAAAUUAUUUUGCAUUCGUAGCA